AGCUCCUUGUUGCAGAGCGAAUGCAACACCCAGUGGAGUGACUUGGAAUGUUUGAUGGAGUGCGAAUUGUGCAGUAGACCCAGAGUGAUAGAUAAUGCCCUGACGGGGAAGCAGAAAGAGAUGGUGAAUAAAAGUACUGGCAUCCAGGGAUUCUUCAGCAAACUGGACCAAGAAGCAACAAGAAAUGUCAAAACUCAUGAGCUCCCUUUUGAAUCCGGCCGGUUUGAGAAUAGAUUCCCAAGUGGAAGAACUUCUCAGGAAAUGAGUGGAGUACAAGGUGCCAACAAUUUGUCCCUGGAAUCACUGCAAUCCCCAUCCAAGGCGACCUGUAUCUCAGCCUCAGGAAAAAAGCAGACUGACAAAAGGAAGGAUUCUGGCUAUCAACAUGACUUAAGAUGCCAGCCGAUUGCAAGUGACUCCCUGGAGAUGAGGAAGGAUUUCUCAUUGACAGGAAAAUCUCAUUGGAAGAACAGGCAGUUGCACGAUCCACAGCAACUGUGCUCAGCUACAGUUGAAGAGAACUAUAACCUUGUGAGCAUACAGCUUCCCAGAAGCCCUGGUCUCCCCUCAUCACUGGGUAAAAGGUCUUCAGACAGGUCCAGACUCUCAACCAGCUCCAGGAAAAUAAUCACAAAGGAUUUGGGAAAGGGAAAGGAAGAUCUUAUGACCCAGAGAUUGUCUGAAAUGAUGAAAGAACUCCAAGAGGAGUCUGACCAAUUAAGGGCACACAGUUCUCUGAAAGAAAACUCAUCAUUAGAGCUGAAGGGGUCCCCCACAAUGACACCAGUGAAAAUUGGGACCACCAACCAUCUGAGGAGCAACGCGAAGAGGAGAGCAGAUGUAGAGAUUUCACUGGAUGGGAAAGAAUCGGUCUUGGGAAGUACCCACCCAUCACUCACUGAUGGAAUGCUGGUGAAAGAUGUGGAACAGUCCUUUUGGUCCCUGCUACCUUCUGAGAGUCAUUGGAGACGGACUCUGGAAAGUAAAAAGAAGUCACAGUCUGCUGAUGAAAUUGCACAGAAUGUGACAGAUGAUGCUUUUGGAAAGUGGCAGGAAUCAGGCACAUCUAUCUUUGGCAGCUCAGAUGCUUUCAGCCGGUUUACGCUUGAGAUGGCUCAGCAGUACCUCAAGGAAGAGGAACUUCGAGCUAGGCACCAAGCAGCUCUAUUUCGACUGAGGGAGAGAGCACUGAGGGAGAAAACCAAGGCUGAGCUGGCUUGGCUGGAGCAUCAGAAAACACAUCUUCGGUACAAAGGACAAGAUGACAAAAUGCCAGCCAUUGUCCAGAAGCAGCGAGAGAUUCUGAUGAAGCUACAACAGGAGAAGGUAGAGAUCAGGCAUCUCCAGAAUGUUUACAAAGCAGCCCACCAGGAGAGGAAGCUUCUCCUGAAACAGCAGCAAGAGAUCUUCAGGAUUCAUCAGACAACUGCACACCUCCAGUGCCAGUUAGAUCGAUCAGCAACAGAUCCUCAGGUUUCGGGACUGAGGGACAUCUUGCUUGAUGCAGCAGUUGUCAGUCCCUCCGAGGGUUCAGCAAGUACUGAACUCAGUCCCAGGACUGCAGACCUGGAUGAGUGCAGCUACUCUUCUCUGUCAGCCUCUGGAAGCGAGGACAGUGUCACCAUGAAACAACUGAAGAAGAUGCACAGCAGGUUGGAUGAAAGGUUCCUGACGAAGAAAGAGAAGGAGCUGGUGAAGCGGCGGCGACAAGCGGAGGACUUGCUGGAGUGGAAACAACGCUGUGACGAAGAGGAGUUGGCUCUACAUAGGACUGAGUCAGAAACUGUUGCUCCCUGGAGUCCGCUGGCCCAGGAGAUAAAUCCAGGCAAAACAGAGACCGAUAACUGGAACCACGGGGAAUGCUCACACUUCACCGAAUCAAACAAAUCCCUCAGCACCGAUGAAGUGGUAACCUUGGCUACAGUUUCCCCUUUGGAUGAGCAUUGUCAAGGGCAACUGAAUGUGAAACCUCCUGCUAAAAGCUUGGAGCAGAGGCCUGCAAUGGUUCUAAAAUCUUCUGAAAAGUCGGCAAUCAAGGUGGCCAAGAUUCGAUCAGAGAAAGGUUUACUUAUCACUGAAACAGCUGGAGAAAUCCGGAGAUCCCCACUGGAGUGUGAACUGGCGAAUGGGAAGGCGAUGCUGGGUGACCUGCAGAGUGAGCAGAAGAGGCAGCGAAGGGAAAGGUUAAAGAUGGAAGAAGCUGAUCUGUGCAGACAGCUGGAGGAGUACGACGCCUUCAUCAGUAAGACAAAAGCUGAGCUGAUUUCAGAUGCUGAGCUUUACCUCAUUUCAAAGCCACAAAUUAAAGCCCCUAUGGCAGUCCUGCACAAGUCUUUCCCUCAGCUGCUGAGGUCUAACAUUCUGAAACAUCCAGCCAAACCUAGUGCUGAGAUCCUUCAAUCACAAAACGUACCUUCAAGGCAAGGUGAAAAGGCUAAUGGUAUGGAAAAGAUAUUGAAACCACAAGAGGCAAUAGGAUCUGUUGAUGCCAGCUGUCCACUGAGUAAGUCUCAGAUUAGUGACCAACCAUCUCAGUGUCUUGUGUCCCAGCUUCUACCUUCCUCUGUGCCAGAUGAUGGGAAUCAGUGUGCGGAAAGCCACUUGGAAAUGCUUACUCAUUGUGGGUCUGCAGAAUCAUCACAAAGUUCAGUCAUAGUUAUUGAGUCUUUAGACUCAUCUGACAACUGCAAGGAAGAAAUCUUGUGUGAUAGCAACUCAGACAGUUCAGCUUGCAGGAAGACUAAAGACGCUGAUGACUCUUGGACUGAAAAGUCUUCUAUUCUACUUGAGACAGAAGGAAAUGUGGUGAUACUAUCAUCAAAACCAACAGGAGCAUUGAUUGGAAGGAAGCCCCAGUUGCAACUCCAUGAUGCCUGGAGUAAUGUCGCUCCCCAAGAAGCAGAUAAUUUUUUGCAAGCCUCUGCUCACCACCUACUGAGUAACACAAUCAGCCUGGAAGCAGAAGAAAGAAUGGAACAUGAAAAUAUACAACCAAAUUAUAUUGUCAAAAAUUCAGAAAUCACCAAAGAUGGGUUUAGAUUGCCUAAUCAUUCUGAAAAUGUGUCCAGCUUCAUGCCUGCAUCGAACCUUCAGACUUCAUUGCAGGCUGCAGUGGCACAGAACGAAAUGCUUAAACCUGAAAUAGUGGUGGAUUGUGAAGAAAUGAUGACUGCUGGACUGCCCUUUGGAAAGGAUGGUAAUUUCUGGGAACCAACUGCACCUCUACUUUCCCCAAGAAGCAGGCAUUACCUGCACAGGAGUGCAGCUUUAGCAACUGCUCAAAUGGCUCCUGCCAGUGGCAGCUGGACUACAGAAAUUAUUUCACCAGUGCUCUCCCUGACAGAACUGCAUGACUAUGCCAGCACUGCGGAAAACUUGAAGGUCCAAGGCUUGGGUCCAUUAUCCAAUGAAGUGAUACAGUCACCCUCAAGUGAUACUUUGUGCACAAAUGGCAAUUCACCAUCUUUAAUGGAACAAACAAAUCUGUUAAAAAGUGAAACAGUUAAAGAAAUGGCCCUGUAUAAAGCAGAGAUGUCACCUGGGUCUGACGAUAUUGCAUCUGAUGGUGAUGAGUUGCUACCUUUGAGAGCAAAACUGAAAUUAUGGAGUCCCAAAAUUUUACCACCAGUCUUAAGAGAAUCCUCAAGCAAAGAAGAAGAUCUGUUUUCACUGAAAGGAAUUGGCUUAUUGUGUCAGGGGCAACAGCCAUCUCUUGUAGAAGAAAUCUCGCCUAUAAAUGAGGAGCUACUGUCUUCAGCUGAGGAAGACAGCACCCUCAAUACAACAGGCUUACAGUCUCCAAGUUAUGAAUUAAUGUUAUGUGAAAGUGAAACCUUUCCAAUUCUAGAUGAAGCAGAUAGUGCUGUUGAAACUGAAAACGUUCCUCAAUCUCCAGGACAAAAUAUUUCUUGUAUCAGCAAUAAGCUUCCAUCUUCAAUUAGAGAAAAUAUCUUUGAUAGAACUGAAGGCCUAGAACCACUAUCUGUUGGUAACUCUUUGCUAAAUGAGAAGUUACCAUCUUUAGGUGAAAAACACAGCUUGGUGAAUGCUGAUGAUUUCACUGCUCUUCUUCCUCCUCUCAUUGAAGCAGCAGGUGAAGAGAAGGUCAAUGCUACAACAGAGAAACUUGAGCACCCAUUAAAAAUAAGUGGAGAGGAAACUCACACACAGUUGGAUGUGGAAAAUCUUUUUUUGCCUGAAUCAUUAGGAAUUCACAUACCCCGAAAGGACCAACAAAUGGUUGAUGCUCUAAAGGCUGAUAAUGUUGGAGACCAGGUGCAAGCAAGCCAUGGAGAACCUGAUACCUUACAGUGUGAAAGGCAUACAUCAUUUGACCAGGGUUACUGUGCUGAUGUAGAAGUGACCACACCAACAGGUGACAAUGAUGGACUCUUCUGGGACAUGAAGUGUUUUAAAUGUAUGAAUAAUUUUGGCAGUUUUAACAUUUCUAGCAAUCCAUGGGUUGAUUAUGAAUUUGACGCAGGUGUCACAAAUGGCGAAGACUUAUUCUGUGAUGGAGUAUGCAAGCAAAAGCACAAAAACCUGGACAACGAAUUGAAAGAAGUUCAUGGCUUUGAAGAAAUAUCUGAAGAGAAGGAAAAUGAGAAGGAAGAUACUUACCAGCUGAAGGUCAAAAAGCUAUAUUCAUGCCAACUCGGCCAAGGAGAUCCACAUCCAGGUAGUACUGAUGAGCCUGCACUGGAGCAAAUAAUUGUGGAAUGUGCAAAGGCAGUGGAGUCAUUUGCUGGUUGUCAAGAUUUGGUCGAUCCCCAAGUGGAACAAGAUUUGCAGUUGGACUUCCGUGCCUCCUUAGAAGGCUUGGACCACUCAUGGGUAUUGCAACAUCCUUGGGGUAAGAGCAGUGAACAGUUGGUGAAUGAAGUUACAGAACAUCUCAUGGAAUGUCUGGUGGAAGAAACUUUGGCUGAAUUGACUGGGAUCAGACAGCAGCAAAAUCAGAGCAGUAAAGAAACAAGGGGAACGAGACUCGAUGGGCAUCAAAACACUCAAGACUUUAUUAAACUUGCUCAGAAAAACUGUGGUCCACUUAAAAGGCAAAGAGAUCAUGACAAAUCCUUCAUGAGUGUUCCUGACCUUUCAAGAAUAAAUUGUAUACAACUGAAAGAUCCGAUUCGAAUUGCAAAGGAUGGCUGUCCUGAAGAAAGAAUUGAAAAUGUGACUGAAAAUUUAAUAGCAAAAUUGGUGGAUGAUUUAGCAAAGGAAUAUGCCCAAAUCAAGAGGAAACACCAUGGAAAAUUAGACGCUCAUAAUAUCUGCUGUGCUCAGACUGUAGUGAAUUGGACUGCACAUGAUGAAAUGUUUGACAUGAGUACUUUUGGAAGCAGCCAGGAUGUCAGCAGUGAAAAAUACAAAGGAUUCCAGCCUUUCUUGGACAAUAAAACUCCAGGGCAAAGGUUUGCAUUGGACCGAUGGUGCUCAGGAACUUGUAGGAAGCCAAAGGAAACUGUUUUUUCUGCACCUUAUAACUUCAUGGAAGUUCAGCAGUUGGUUGACAAAGCCAUCAAUGUCCUGUGGAACCAAUGUUGUCAUGUUCAAGAUAACAGCACGACUAAUGUGUUUGAGGAUCAAGACCAGACUGAUGAGAAGAAUGGUCAUACAGAAAGCAAGGGAGUGCGCGAGCAGGUUAUUUUUGAUUUGACUUCUGAUCUUUGUCAAAACUUCUUAAUGAAGGAGCCAAUGUCCAAAUCAUAUCCAUGGCUGAAACGCAAGUCCUGGCCUGGACUCUUAUCUGGCCUUGUUCCUGAUACACAGCAGCAAAAGCAAAUGAAGUCAUUCAUCCAAGGCAAAGUGGCCAAAUUGCUAAAUCUGGACAGAAAUGACCUGGAAAUGAGAGAAAAGCUCCAGAAACUGACAAAGUAUUGCAAGAGCAAAAGGGACCGUGUUGACAUUAUCCUGAUUCAAGAACUCCAAGAGGAAGAGAGCCAGUGGGUUCAAUAUGAUGAUGAUGAACUAACUGUGAAGCUGAAACUGACUGAGGACAUCUUCAACAUCUUGGUUCAUGACACUGUGGAUGUCCUCAACGCCAUCUGUGCCAGAGGAUCAACAAGACAUUCUCUCACCAUCUCCACAACGUAGCAGAUGAAGGCAACAUAUUGUUCACAAAAUUGAAUAGAGAAACCAUCAAGCCAAGAUGAGCUUCUGCAAAACCUUCACAACUAUUAUAUAUUGCACGGGUUUUAAUAUAAAAUCCAGGAAGUUCCAAGUGAAGGUGAAAAGACUGAAUUACAUAGAUAAUUUCUUAAUGCAAUCCAACAUUAGAAUUAGCAGUGGAUCAGUGGGUAUCAGUCUUACUGCUGAAUCAGAGUUGUGGGUUCAUCAUCCCACUCUGGGACUUCCCAAAAAUUCAUGGCUGACACUGUAGCAAAAUACUGAAGAGUGGUGCACCUUCAGGAGGUGCUCACUUAUGGAUAAGGUGUUAAACCAAAGCCCCAUUUCCCCCCUCAGGUGGCUGUAAAAGAUUCAUGGCAUGAUUUUGAAGACAAACGGGGAUGUUCUCCUUUCUGUCCUGACCAAUAUUUUAACCCCAACCAAAAUCACUUGUGGGAGCUUACUGUGCAAGAAUUGGUUGCUGCGAUCCCUGGGGUUACAACAGUAGUUAAGUUUCAAACUUGUUUCAUUGUCUCGGGCAUCAUGAGGUGAAAGGUGCUAUAUAAAUGCCAAUUAUGUAUUUUCUGAUAUUCCUUUCCAAAACUUUUCAAGUUUUGUCUUUAGUUUUGCUAAUAUUAUUCUGAUAAAUUGCAUAGAUUUGAAAAGGAUCUGGUGAAUAAUGUGGCUGAGGGCGUUUGAUAGUGCUGAAUUUUCACGGAAUGGGGGAAAGUUUAAUAUUAAUGUUUUUCAGUAUUAUGCAGUUCACUUUAUUUGCAAAUGUGAUGAAGGCCUCUUAUAAAUCAUGCUAUUGUUUGCCAGCAACAAGUGUGACCUGCUUUCUGAAAUUCUAACAAAGCAUAAGAUUUAAAGAUUACUUAAAAUAGCUAGGAGAAGUUUAAAUUCCUCUUUCCCACCAUCCUAGAAUAUAUUUAUAGUAUAGAGGAGGGUUUGUAUUACCGUUUUAAUUGAUGAAUUACCUUAUAACUUCAAACCUCUGUCUCCCUCUGCCACCUAAUUGUGAUUCAAUGCAUUGUGGAAUUUGAGCUGCGGAUCACUCAUGCAUUUUGAGAGCAAGGGGUGGUGCAUGGCAAUGUUAGCAUACUGAUAAUUUAAGUAAACAAGUAGUCCAGGGACCCAGAUUAAUACUGCAAAAGCAGGCCCUAUCAUUGCCAAUGGGGGAAUUUAGAUUGAAUGAUUUAAUAAAUCUAGAAUAUUAAUAUUGAUCACUAAACUGCCAGAUUGAAGCAUAAUCCCAACAGGUGCAUUUACUCCCACAGGAAAGGACGUCUGUUGUCCCUACUUUUUUAGCCUACAUGUAUCUCCCAGCGCACAUCCAUGUAUUUGACUCUUAAACACCCUCUGAAGCAGAGGACGAUGGCCAAGUGAUAUUAUCGCUACGCCAUUAAUCCAGAUACCCAGGUAAUGUUCUGGGGAUAGUAGGAACUGCAGAUG